AUGUGUCUGUGCAACCUGUUCUUUUCUUUUCUACUAUGAUUCAUUUUACUGGAUGCACAUCCAAGGCCAACUGAGCAACACCUAUACCAGAGGUUGACUGUGUCUACAAUUGAUAAGGGAGAAGAGGGCAGUUAUAGUGGCCUGGCACUGACACUAGAAUUGCAUUUCAAUGCUAUUGCAUUGCUAUCUGUAAUGCUUUCAUGGGGCCCAAUUAUUUGCCCCUCAGUGAUGCAUCACUGUUUGGUUUUACAUACUGCUCAUUGCAUUGUCACCUUUUUAACAUAGGCCUACUGUCAUAAUAUGGAGCAAACUAAAUAAUUAACUAACCAAUAAAGUAUGUGUAAUGGGUAUUACAUGAUGGGAUUUGGAGGGCAUGUAGGUGUACCCUAAUGUCUGAAAUGCGUUUCCCCGUUCAAGUCAUUGGAUUUUGAAAGCUACACACUGCAAAUGUGGGGGUGAUAACUCAACAAGGCAUGCAGAAACAGUUGGGGGAAAAACAUUCGAUGAAGGCAUGACUGUGAAUGCACAAGAACACAUAGAAGGAUAUGGCCGUUUGCAAGACGCAUGAAACAUUUCCUGCGAACACAGGUUUGAAUAGCGGUAUACGAGGUGCGCUGAACAGCUGGCUGAACAUGCCCUUUGUUUUGGGUCUGCGCGUGCGUGACGUAUAAUAUCCUAGACGUGACGUAUUGGAUGAGGGACACAUGACAGUUCAGUUCUUCCUGGACUCUUAUGAUGGGGACCCAAGUAAAAGACGUUGUCAUCAAAGCUGAUGCUCCAUAUGCUCUUCUAUUGGACAAGCAUGCUGAUUAUAUAGCAGCGUAUGGCUCCAAGAAGGAUGACUAUGAAUACACGUUGUCCGAGUACCUCAGAAUGAGUGGGAUAUACUGGGGCCUGACUGUGAUGGACCUGAUGGGCCAGCUUGACCGAAUGAACCGCGCUGAGAUCACGGAGUUCAUCAAGUCAUGUCAGCAUGAGUGUGGAGGCCUCAGUGCCAGCAUUGGCCACGACCCCCACCUGCUGUAUACACUGAGUGCUGUACAGAUUCUGUCACUAUAUGAUGACCUCAGUGCCAUCAACGUCGAUAAGGUGGUAGAGUAUGUGAAAGGCUUACAGCAGGAUGAUGGUUCAUUUGCGGGAGACAAAUGGGGUGAAAUAGACACACGGUUCUCGUUUUGUGCAGUAGCAACUCUUGCUUUACUGGGCAAGUUGGACGCAAUCAAUGUGGACAAGGCAGUGGAAUUUGUUCUUUCCUGCAUGAACUUUGAUGGUGGCUUCGGCUGCCGACCUGGAUCAGAAUCUCAUGCGGGUCAGAUCUACUGCUGCACCGGUUUCUUGUCCAUCACCGGCCAGCUGCACCAGGUGAAUGCUGACCUGCUCGGCUGGUGGCUGUGUGAGCGACAGCUCCCCUCAGGGGGCUUAAACGGGCGCCCAGAGAAGCUACCUGAUGUGUGUUACUCCUGGUGGGUUCUUGCCUCUCUGAAGAUUAUUGGCCGAAUUCAUUGGAUUGACAAAACCAAGCUGAGCACAUUCAUCCUAGCUUGUCAAGACGAAGAAACUGGGGGCUUUGCUGAUAGGCCAGGAGACAUGGUGGAUCCUUUCCACACCCUGUUUGGUGUGGCGGGGUUAUCGCUCCUUGGGGACGAGCAGGUGAAGGCAGUGAAUCCCGUGUUCUGCAUGCCCGAGGACGUGAUGCGGAGGCUCCAGCUUCACCCAGAACUGCUGAGCUAACGCACACGACUCAAGUCAACUCAACGCCACACCGCACACCUCACCACCACCACCACCACCCUCACACACACCUCCAGUCUCAGCAUCACCUAGCCCUCUACCAGGCCAUCGAAGCAAAGGGAAUGAAUGGGAGAAGGCCAGAUGCUAAUGAGCUGGAAAAUGGCUUUUGGAUGCUUCUGUCAGCCGGUGUCUACGAUGGCAGCGAAAUUUAACCCUUGACUGUCCUGGAUGUGUGUUAUCUGGCCACCUGGUGUGUACUCAAUUAGUGGUGAUAAUACACUGGUCCUUUGGUGAUGAUGACGUGACGGUACUGUACAUGUGUCGGAUACUGAUGCCAGUGUGCUUCCGAGCAGCCAGAUUGACUUAUUCCAUUCCAUCUCCCUGGUGGGUGUGUGGUGCCUUCAUUCUGCACUAGGUCAAUCCCCUGUCACUUUUAUUGAGAAGAUAAUCCUUAGGUAAUCAGUAUGGGUGUCUCUUUUUCUCCUAAAGUCAGUAUGUGCAGGAUUUCGAGGUGUCAAUUAUGUAAGUAAUUGUAGGGUCUUAAGUCUAUAAACUGAAUAUGCAAUAUGGUCACUUAGGGGUGUAUCUACGGUAUGUUGUGUAAAACAAGGUUCAUCUUGUAGAACCAGUUUCAUUCUAUUUCAUUAUAAAAUCAGUUUACAGUUUCAGUUCAGUUACCGUUUAUACAAUUUCUGAAUGCCAUAGCCUCAACUCUAAACACAAGCAUGAACGUUGCUUAAUUUAUUCAGUUUUACUUUACUCUCUGCACUUCACUUUUUACGUUCUAUUUUAUUACUGUAUGUAAGAAUGUAGAGAUAUUUCUAAAGUUAUGUUACCAUCUCCAUCACAGUUGAGCAAAGAGAUUUCAUUUGAGAAUUCAGAGCGAUGUGUAAGCAGUUUGUAUGGAGACUCAUAACUGCAUCCCUUAGUAAUUAACCAUCAUGAAAUAGCCAAGGUUUCUUGUUUCUGUGGUCUGAAUGCUGCUCGGUCUGUAUGUAUGCUUUUUAAAAUAAAACUUGUUUUAAAGAAGA